AAAUAAAGAUGCACUGGUUUUGAAAAAUACUACGAAGAUAGAUUAAAACACGUGGGUGAAAAAAAAUAUCCGGUCACUAAUUAGCAGUUAAUCUGUUCUUAUGAAUAGUGACGUGUGUAUGCCACCUACAACGCAAGAACGUCCAGAUGUACAAGAUAAUCGGAAAACACCGAAACAAAUCUGUUUAUGUGUUGUAGAGAAGUUGAAUAUGAUGUUCCUAGUUUUCUUUAUAUGUUAUUUAUCUUGGAGUAUUCCCGCUAAUUAUGGACUAUUUACCUCAGGGUCAUCUUAUGCUAACGUCUCUUUGGACUAUGACAGUAAACAGACAGAAGAUGUAAAUUCUACCGAAAGAAAGAAUAGCGGGAAUUUGUUAUUUAAUUUGACUGGUUUUUCAUCAAAAUAUAAUAAUGACGAAGACAAUUUUAUGUUAGAUCAGAUUCGAUUAACAAAACAAAGGAAAAGACAUAAAGGAAAAAGGAAGAAAAAUAAAAAACGUAAGAAAAAGAAGAAGACUAAAAAUAAUUCUAUAGGAAACAUUAACAAUGGCGGUCGUAGACGCAGAAAAAAUAAGAAAUGUAAAAAGUGUGGAAAAGGGAAGAAACUUCAAAGGACAAAAUUUCGACAGCAUAUGUUCAAAUUGGAGCCAACUACUAUAAGACAUAUCAUAGAACGAGUUGCUGAAGAAGCCCUUCAAAAAGGAGCUGGUUCCAUGGAUUUUGGUUUAAACUAUAAUCCAUUUGAGUCAUCAAAAAUUUCAGUUGACCAGUGGUCCGCUUGGGGAGAGUGUAGUGUGACUUGUAACAGUGGACAAAAAAGUCGAUCCAGGGGAUGUGGAAUGUCAUGUAGAGAGACCGAGACGAUGGUCUGCUUUAUGCCAUCAUGUAAAAGAGAUAGGAAGCCUAAAGGCGAUACUGCUUCCAGAGAAUUUAACAGAUACUUUCCAUCAUCAGGAUCAGUGGAGUAUAUUAAUGAAGAUGUGGAUACUUGUGAAGAAUGGAUAGAUUGUAACAAUCAGACAAUAAAAACAUACCUCAAUAAGUCAUAUCUACCUUCCUGUCCGUGUUACUAUCCUUUACAUCUAGAUUAUAACAAAAAAGUAUGGGAUAGACAAAAACAAAAACAUUUCCAGUGGCACAAUAUCAUUAUAUCAGAGGAAGGUCUGAAUGCUUAUAAACCAAAUGCUCAAUACUGCAUCCGGUCUAAAUUGUAUCGGGGAACCGAGACAUUAGCAGCUCAAUUCUGUUGUUAUGAUGACACCAUGCGAUUGAUUACACGAGGAAAAAGUGCUGGAACUCCUAAUCUGAUAUCACCGGAGAUUUCACAGGAACUUCAUCAUAAGCUGGACAUCAGUCCAUGGAUAAUCUGCAAGGGAGACUGGACUAGGUAUAAUGAGGUCAUCCAGCCAAAUAAUGGUUUAAACUGCAGAGACAAUCCAAAUGAGGAGGACCUAAAAAUUCAGAUUUUCCAGGCACAGAACUUCUAGCUCCUAAAAACAUUAUGAAAGGAUAACUUGGUGGACCUUUUUCUGUUGUCUUUAUGCUUGGAAAUACUGUGAAUGACAAUUAAAAGAAACGUUUAUACAUACACCAUACUAUGAUUUGUCAACAUCAUGUCUUGGUUUUGUUUAGGUGAAAGUACAUGUCAGUCCGCAUUAUGAACUGGUAUAUGUCCUGUUAUCAUGAUAUAUACGGGUAGACCAUCUGUUGGUCGGUUUUUGUUAUGAUGCAGGAAUAAAACAGGGAGAUAAUUAG